AUGGGCUGUGGCUCGUCGACGCUCAAGGAGGCCAAGCCUAACACCGCUACGAAAGGCGAUCCUGCGCUGCGGAGCAUUAUCCUUUGGGGCGCUCAGCGGUUGCCGAGCAUGGAUGCGAUUGGCAAGGCCGACCCCUAUUGCGUGGCGCGUGUGGGCCCCAAAGGAAGCUCAUGGGACACCAAGCUGCGAGGGAGUGGUCGGAGGAGCCAGCCGGCUUCAGGGUCGAAUCCUGACUGGAAGAUGGCUUUCACGAUCGACGUCGCGAAAUGGCCAGACCCCGAGUUGCAAGUUCGUGUCUACGAUGCGGUCUGGGUUGGGGCGGAUGAGUUUCUUGGGGAGGCAGUUGCGCCUUUGAGCUCUCUGGGGGAAGACCCUAGCAACCUAGCACUAAUCAGCAAGCCUUCAGAACCAGGUAAAGAUGGACAGCCCAUUGGCGCCGAGAUAUCCGUGAGCGCUGGGAGCGUGGAUCUGCUGGAGAAGCUGGGGUGCAAACUGUCGAGCUACUAUGAGAAGCUGGCCCCGGUGGGAAAAGCGAAGAGCGUGAAAGUGGAAGACAUCACAGGGAAGGGUCCACUCCGUGUGGGCACCGCGCCGUUGCCAGAAAGCAUGCAAGGCUUGUUUUGGCUCAGCAGCCAAGGCCCAAGCUCAGCUCUCGCAAGCUUUGCGGGGCCUACGCAAGACGGUGGAGGGUGCAGCACAGGACAGAUGCGUGAUAAGCGAUAUGAUAUCCGUGUUGCUGGCGAUCGAGUCUGGGCCUUUGCAGAAGAUAAUACCAUUGCGUGGAAAUUCGUUGAAACAGUGGACCUCAUUUAUCACUUUGUAUUCGAUGAUGCAGAGAAGCCGACGAAGUGCCAAAUAUAUCCAGAGGCAGGAAACCUCGGUUUCACUCUGGAUGCAGAGUGGCUGCUUGACUUCGAAGCGCACCUCAAGCCCGAGGGUUCCGAAGAAUAUCCUGGCAGCGUUAUUUGGCUACGGCCUUCCUUUGUCCUUGGGAAGGAAGUGAACGAGUAUACUUUGGUGCAAGUAAUGAAUGGUGCUGGCGAGCGCAUCGAGCCUGCCUGGAGCAAGUUUGUUGAGUAUCAGAAUUCGGAUGCGGCCGGAGCGAAGCCCGGCGUCGUCUUCUACCACGAGAUCGGAUCCCCAGCAUGA